AUGUACAAUGUGCAAUUGGGUAUCGCAGCCGCAGCGAGCCGCCAAGUCACCGACUCCCUCGAUCGGUCAAUUGUUGUAUUUCCCCGGAUGCGUGUACACUUGAACGUUCCACGAUCUAUGCGUCGCUACUCAUUUCUGGUGUCCGGCUGGCAUUUCCCGAAUCUCGUCGGCUUUAACCUGCGGCCUGCCCUCUGCACUGCAAUGUCAGCUGUCAGUCGCCUCCAUCUCUUUCUUGACGCGUGCCGAGGAUUGGAGGCAGCCGAGGCACUUAGCAGCAGCGCGAAGAGUGGAGCCAACAUCAUACUUAGGUUGUCCACAUGGCACGAAGGCAUACAAGCAAACCAGACAGGAUCAGCAUUUAAUGUGGUUACAAGAGCGACAUUGCUUGCAAAACACGCCAUCUUGCGAAAGGGGUCAAGUAAGGAGUUGUCGCGUACGCAGGCAGAAACGACGGAAACGGUAAUAUCUUCUCGCGGUAACACAGAGGUGCCGGCACUCGACAAAACCCUUACUCCACACUUCGUGAGAGUUGGGAAUCACUUCUCGCGCGACAAAAACGGUCCCGCAAGCACCUACUAUGACGCGACGCUUAAGUCCAGGCACGCUGACUGA